AUGGCCGAGAAGCAGAAGCACGACGGGCGGGUGAAGAUCGGCCACUACGUGCUGGGAGACACGCUGGGGGUCGGCACCUUCGGCAAAGUCAAGAUUGGCGAACACCAGCUGACGGGGCACAAAGUAGCAGUAAAAAUACUCAACAGGCAGAAAAUACGCAGCCUGGAUGUGGUUGGGAAGAUCAAACGAGAAAUUCAAAACCUUAAACUCUUCCGGCACCCUCAUAUUAUCAAACUGUACCAGGUCAUCAGCACACCAACGGACUUCUUCAUGGUCAUGGAAUACGUAUCUGGCGGUGAAUUAUUUGAUUACAUCUGUAAGCACGGACGUGUUGAAGAGGCAGAAGCUCGACGCCUUUUCCAGCAGAUUCUCUCCGCGGUGGAUUACUGCCACAGACACAUGGUUGUCCACCGAGACCUGAAACCAGAGAACGUGCUGCUGGACGCGCACAUGAAUGCAAAGAUAGCCGAUUUUGGAUUGUCCAACAUGAUGUCAGAUGGUGAAUUUCUACGCACCAGCUGUGGUUCCCCAAAUUAUGCAGCCCCUGAAGUCAUCUCUGGAAGGCUGUACGCUGGCCCAGAGGUGGACAUCUGGAGCUGCGGCGUUAUCCUCUACGCCCUUCUCUGCGGCACGCUGCCUUUCGACGACGAGCACGUCCCCACCCUCUUCAAGAAGAUCCGGGGAGGUGUGUUUUACAUCCCUGAAUACCUCAACCGCUCUGUUGCCACUCUCCUCAUGCACAUGCUGCAGGUUGACCCCCUCAAGCGAGCAACCAUCAAGGACAUCAGGGAACACGAGUGGUUUAAGGAGGAGCUGCCCAGUUACCUGUUCCCAGAGGACCCUUCUUACGACGCCACCGUCAUCGACGACGACGCGGUUCGGGAAGUGUGUGAAAAGUUUGAAUGCACGGAGUCGGAGGUGAUGAACAGCCUGUACAGCGGUGACCCUCAGGACCAGCUGGCGGUGGCUUACCACCUCGUCAUCGACAACCGGAGGAUCAUGAACCAAGCCAGCGAGUUCUACCUCGCCUCCAGCCCCCCCACCGGCUCCUUCAUGGACGACAGCGCCAUGCACAUCCCUCCCGGGGUGAAGCCGCACCCCGAGCGGAUGCCGCCGUUGAUAGCGGACAGCCCCAAAGCGCGAUGUCCUUUGGAUGCCCUCAACACCACGAAGCCAAAACCCCUGACUGUCAAAAAGGCCAAGUGGCACCUGGGAAUCCGCAGCCAGAGCAAACCCUAUGACAUUAUGGCCGAGGUGUACCGUGCUAUGAAACAGCUGGACUUCGAGUGGAAGGUGGUGAACUCCUACCAUCUCAGAGUGCGCCGCAAGAACCCGGUGACGGGCAAUUACGUGAAGAUGAGCCUGCAGCUCUACCAGGUUGACAACCGCAGCUAUCUCUUGGACUUCAAAAGCAUCGAUGACGACGUGAUGGAGCAGAGGUCUGGCUCAUCCACGCCACAGCGCUCCUGCUCCGCCGCCGGCUUGCACCGGCCGAGGCUGAGCAUCGAUGCCGCCGCGGCCACCGAGUGCCAGUCGCUGAUGGGCUCCCUGAGCGGCUCCUUCGUCGGCACCAUCCCCUCGGUGACACCGCGCCUGGGGAGCCACACCAUGGACUUCUUCGAGAUGUGCGCCAGCCUGAUCAUGGCCCUGGCUCGCUGA